GCAUAAUCACAUGGCACAUCGUUAGGAUGGCAUGCCUAGUCCCGUGUUUCCAAUGUCUAUGGUGUCUUCGAAUAUUUGGAAACUACGAAUAAUUUUUAUAUUUUGAGUGGUGGGAGUGGCGGGUGUCUAUGGUAAUAAAUGGGAAUGAGAUAUCUGAUUUUAAUAUAUAUGAGUAUCCAUUCAGUAUAACAAGCAUUUGCAACAUUGAGAAUGGAGUGGGUUUCAGCAGAAUCAUCAUCGGAAGAUGAGGAGCUGUGAUUCUUUGGAAUGAUUCUGAAAACUUAGUUCAAGAUGAUGGAUGUAGAGGAGCAUUUUCAAGAAAUAAUGGAAAUCGCGGUUUCGAAGAUAAGUUUGAAGAUGUAGGUGGUUUCGAAGCUGAUGCUGUAAAAAAAUAUAAAUCCCGACUUAAAAAAAGAUGUUACAAAUCAAUGUCGUUGGAAAUUUAAUGUUCUGAAAAAGGUUCUGAAUCCUGAUUUAAAUGAUGGAGUUCAGAAACAGUGUCGUUGGAAAGCUAGUAUUCUAAGAGAGAAUGUCCAUUACGGUUCUGACGAUAAAGUUAAGGGCAGAGGGCUUUUCGAAAGUGAUGCUGUAAAAAAGAAUUUGAAAAUUGGAUAUAAAAUUAAAUUUGAGGAUGGAGGUCGUUGCGAAGACUAUGCUGCAGGAGAGAAUUUAAAUCAUGGUUUUGAAGAUGAGAUUAUAGUUAAAGGUUGUUACGCAGUGGAUGCUGCAAAAAAUAAUCCUCAUCCUAGUUUUGAAAAGAAAAAUGUCGAUGAAGCUUGUUGCGAAGGUGAUUCCGUCAAAGAGAAUUCAAAUCAUGUUCUCGAAAACGAAAAUGGGGAUGAAGGUCGUGUCGAAGGUAAUGCUAUAAAAAAGGAUUCAAAUCAUGGUUUCGAAAAAAAGAUUGAGGAUGAAGGUCGUUGCGAAGGAGAGACUGUAGAAGACAGUGUCAAUUCAAGGUUUUGAAUAUAAGGAUGAGAAUGAAGGCCCUUUCGAAGGUCAUAUUGUAAGAGAGAAUAUUUGUCAAGAAAGAGGUGAGAGCGGUACUGAACAUUCAACUAAAAAUAUUGCAACGAAUCCGGCAAAAUCUCAGGAUAAACUUUCAACUAUCUCACCAGACUUUAAGAAAUUGGAAUUUCAUCAACACUGUAUCUUCUGUAAAAAAGAACGGAAAAGGCACAAAGGACGCAAUCAGCCCCUAAAGUCAUUAGAAAGGGAUAGUAUGGAAACAAAUUUAAUGGUUUGUGCUAGAGCGUUAAAUGACGUUAGUUUAUUGCAAAAUCUAAAUGACGUUUUACAAAAAGUUACUACUGAAAAUAGUAUUUCCACUGUUCUGCAGUAUCAUACUCUGUGUAGGUUGAAUUAUCAAAAGCAGAUGAAUUCAGUAUUUGAAAAAUCGAAUACUCAUUGGCAUUCAAUAAGAGAAUGUCAUUUAAAAGCACACGGAGCAGUUUGUUUCUACAUUAUAGAAAACAUCAUAAAAAAGAAGCAGUGUUUUUUUCUUUUUUAUGCGAUUUAUACAAUGCUAUUCUACCAGAAACGUGGAAUGAAAAGAUUGGGCCGUCUUAUUUGUCAGUUUCGCAUCAGUAUGUAGGUUUGCAAAUUUAAAAAGAAUUUCAAAAUAAAAUCCAGAACAUAGUAAUGCACCGGAAAAAAUUAUUGCUCCCGUUCGCGGCGUUGUUUUUGAUGAGAAAAUGUUUUCGAUGUUAGAAGAGACUCAUGUUUUAGAAAAGGCAGCUCUUAUUCUGAGAUAAAGAAUCCUGAAAAUAGAAAAGAAGAAAUUGCCCUCUCAAUUAACUGCGAGAGACGUUAUGGUUGGAGAGUGUACGAUCCCAGAAGAUGUGAGUGUCUUUUUCACAACAUUGUUAGCUGGUGCACAUUCUCGUUUUGCCUACGAUAGAAAAGUCAAAUCUUUAUGCUAUGGCGUCAUUCAUGCUGUAACUAAGGGAAAAAUUAAAACUGCGCAAGAUUUGUCGUUAGGAGUGGUGCUGAAAAGCCUCACAAGCAGUAGGAAAAUAAUUGAUAUUUUGAAUAUAUACGGGCACUGCUCUAGCUACAAUGUGGUUGAAGAAAUAGAAACGGAACUGACUUUUUCAUCUACCAGCCGUUCGCAGGUUUGUCGAGAAGACAUCAUUCAAUCUCCAAACCUGAAUACAGGAUUAGCAUUCGACAAUUUUGAUAGGUUUGUAGAUACCUGCGACGGAAAAGACACGUUAUAUGAUACGGUUGGAAUAAUAUUUUAAAAUAUUGAACAUGAACCGUACAGUGAACCUCCCCCUUCUUCGACGGGACAUGAAAUUCCAUCGGCGGAAGUUAAAACUUCGGCAAUGCAGUCUGAAACUUCAUCGAAGUUUAUUGCAAGUUGUGUGUAGGAACCUGGAAGUACACCAGACUUGAUUGAAAGUUCAGAGACGGGACACGGAACUACACCGAUGGUAGUUGAUAAUUCAGCUACGGGACCUCCAAAUUCAUCGGCUAUCUUCGCCAUUUCAGCUACGGGAUCAUCGACCAUCAGCGCCCUUUCAAAAGAGGAACCUGAAACUACGUCGAACUUUAUCGGAAGGUCAAAGAAGGGACAACGAACUACGUCGAUGGAAGUUGACGAUUUCGCUACUGCAUCCGAGAUUCCAUCGAAUAUUAUCGUCAGUUCAAAAAAAGAACCUGGAACUCCGUCGAACUUGACAGAAAGGUUAGCGACGGGAUGAGAAACUACAUCGAUGGAACUAGAUUAUUCAGCUGCGGGAUCCCUUACUUCAUUGACGUUGAAAGAAAGUUCGGAAACAGAUGGUUGUUAUCGAGGUCAAAUGCAAAGUAAGAGACGAAGAAGAGCAUUCGAAGCCAUCAUGCCUGAAAUAAAAGCCUAUGCCAAGAAGUCUAGAAUGAAUCAAGUAUUAUUACCUCUUGAAGAUGAGAGAAGACAUGCUGUUCCUGAAGAGCUGAAGAAAAUCAAAUAUCUUGACCUAAUCUGGAUGCUCUCCCAUGCUUUCAAAGUAAAAAACACACCUACGUGGGUUGGUUAUAAUAGCCUGAUAGUCGAGGAUAUCAGCCCCAAGCAAAGGGUAUCAUACCUUACACCAAUCAAAAUGUCUCCAACUCAUACCAAUGUAAUUCUUGAAACAAUGGUGCAGAGUCAAAAAGUAGCAGAAGAGUGUCAAGAAAAAUAUAUGCAAGUUUCCUAUGACUUAGCGAUUAGUAAGGUUGCAAUGUAAAUUGAAGACACAGAAGAACCAAAGUUCAACAAUCUCUUCAUUCACAUGGGUGUUUUUCAUAUUAUGCUAGCAGACUUCCAUGGUAUUGGGAAAUUUAUUGACGAUUGCGGACUUUCUCAUUUUAUGGUUGAGAGUGAGAUGUUAGCUAGCGGAUCUGUGGGAGGAUUUAUUGGUGGUAAACAUUUUAAUCGUUGUAAACGGUUGCAUCCCAUAGUUGCUGUUGGACUACGAAUUUCACAUUUUGAGUUAUUUAUCGAACGCUUCCAGCUUACUUGCAAUGAGGAUAUAAUUUUACAAGUUACGGAGUUUAAAAAUGUAAAGUUUCCAAAUUCUACGGUGUUCAGCCCAGCUCUUUCUGAAUUGCUGGGAAAAUACAUUACGUAUGAAGAGGAAACACGAGCUGGAAAGUACGGAAAAACACUGCAAUUCUACAUAACGUAUAUAACCCUGAUUGAUUGUUAUUUACUGUUGUCUCGAAGCAUCCGAACAGGAGAUUUUGAUUUAUUCAAAUAUGUGCUGCCUCUAAUAUCAAACCUUUUUUUCGUAUUUAAUCAGUCGAACUAUGCACGCUGGUUAGUAAAGUACCACGACAAUUUGCUUAAAGUUCAAGAGACUCACCCCGGACUGGAUGAUCUCUUCAAAAAAGGAUGCUUUGGUGUUAAGCGGACAGACAAACCUUUUUCCAGAAAUGCUAUAGACUUGACUUUAGAGCAAACAUACAAUGCUGAAGUUGCACUUUGCCAACUUCAUUUCUGCGCGUCAGCGUUGGGCCAAAAGCCAUGGAAUUCGAUCGACUACCAUAUCAUCUGUAUAUGAAGAGACUGGUUUGAAGAAAACGCAAGAUAUAACAGCGGAAUUAGAAAAAAGUAAGAUGAUGAAGAAUUCUGCCCAUCUUGACAAUUUCGUCAAGACCUUAAAGAAGAAUAUGAAUCCAUUCGACCUUGAGAUUGUAAAAAACUCUCUGUUCAAUAUUAGUACAGGACGGAAUUUAAGAGAAAAAUUCAUUUCUGAGUGUGCAGAGGAUAUCAACCGAUUUGAAAAGCCUAUACAGAGAUGUGAAAUCUUAAAUUUUGCAAGUCGAAGCAAAAGGAAAAUCGUUAAAAUUAGGACUAAAGUGCAAGAACUAAGAAUGCAAAGAGAUUUGUUUUGACUUUUACUAGGGGUUUCCAUGGAACAAAAUAUUGACUUGCCCAAAGUUUUAUCGUAUCCUCUGACACCAGUUCCAGUCUCAUUUUGUCAUUUAGAUGGAAGUAUAUGAAAAACUGAUAAAUCCGCAUUGAUGAAAUUACUAGAAACCAAAGUAGAGAGUGAGGGACUACUUACCAGUAACGACGUCAUUUAUUAUGGUUUUUUCAUUCUGCACCUAAUGAAAGACGUUCCCAAACUGUUUGGAAACAUUUCUAAAAAGAUUGUACAAAUGGCUUCUAGAUCUGGAGUAAAUCAGAUUCACAUAGUCUUCAAUCGCUACUUUUCUCCUCCAAUAAAAGACUACGAACACGAAUUAAGGAAUGCAAACGAUUCAGCUUUUGAAAUUUCUGGACCAGACCAAGUGAGACCUGCAGAUUUUUCGAAAGAGUUGAAAAAUAGUAAAUUUAAAGAAUCACUCGUACGAUUCUUGAUAAAUGAUUGGGCCAGAGAUGAGUUUGCUCCAUUUAUUGGCAGCAAGACUAUACUUAUCAAUUUUGAUUAUUGCUACCGUUUCGAAGCCCUGAACAGCAAAGUAAUUCGAGCAAUUGAUAACGGCUUCUCUUACGGAAGUCACGAAGAAGCUGAUACGAAGAUCGUUUAUCAUCUAAGUAGAAUAGAUGUGAACUGCAACGUUUUGAUCAGAUGUUUCGAUACGGACAUUUUGAUAAUAUUGUUGGGAAACAUGAAGAAAAUUUGUUCUACAUUAAAAGUUUGGUUAAAGGUUGGUGUGGGAAAUUCUCAGCGGCAUAUCAACGUUACUAAAUUGUAUGAGUAUCUACGAGAACCUUUAUCCAGUGCUCUACCAGGUUAUAACGCACUAUCUGGAUGCGAUUUUAAUCCGGCGUGUUUCCGAAAAGGAAAAUCAAGACCAUGGAAAAUAAUAGAAAAUUCAUUAAAAUAUCAAGAAGCUUUUAGUAAUCUAUCUGAAAUGCAUUUGAGCCAUGAUACUUUUGCUGUUAUCGAAGAGUUUGUUUGUCAAAUGUACGGCAUGCCCAAUGUUAAAACAGUCAAUGAAGCACGAAUAAUAAUAUUUAACAAAAAUUACAAAGCAAAAAGUAAGAAUGAGUCGUUUAGGGAACAAGUUCGAAAUUACGAUGCCUCUAACUUGCUACCCUGCCAAUCCGAACUUCGACAGCAAUUACUUCGAACCCGAUACAUCAUGAAUUUGUGGGGAAAUGCCUGCUUGGAACGUCCAACUGACUUAUCGCCUCAUGAACACGGCUGGUCAGAAAAAGACAGAUGUUAUGAAUUCGUGUGGUUUACAGGGGAUCAAUUACAAAAACUGGUGGAUGACAUCAUUGUUCAGCCCGUAGAUGAGGAUAGCAGCAAUGAAAAAAAAUCAGAUGCCGAAAAUGAUGUCUGGGAAGCUUCAAGCGACAUGGAAUCUGAUGACGAUGACGGCAUCACAGAGUUUGAUUAUGAUUGCAGCGGAGAAAAGAUAAAUGAAGAAUGAAAACUGAAUCAAUGACUGUGUUCUCUAAACUGAGACUGUAUUUAAUUUUCCAUUACACUGAAGAAACUUUUAUUCAUCUGUGAUAUCGUGAGGUCAUAUUAGGAUUACUCGAUUUAGUACAAUGAAUUUUCUUGCUAGAUUUGUAAGAAAAAUGAGAUAUCGUCAUGGAUCUCAAGAUUUUUGUUAAAUAUA